UGGGUGGGGAGGAAUUUUUUGUUUAUUUUCGUGGCUAGUUGGCGGUGCGGCAAACUGCAGACUGCUCUCACAUGUGUACAUUUUUAAGCCAGUGGAGUCGACGAGCGGCACUCGGGAGAUUUAAACACCUUUAACGCAGUGGCUAAACGGCGAGGGACCGUCCGUCACAGAAAGAAGGUUUCUGGCGCUGCACUUGUAUUGACUCUUAACGCCGCCUGAACUGGAGAGAGAGCGAGUGAGAGAGGAACUCCCCAAGGCUGAAACCAAAGGAGCAGGAUGUCCAUCACCAACACACCCACGAGCAACGACGCUUGCCUGAGCAUCGUUCACAGCCUGAUGUGCCACCGGCAAGGGGGGGAGAGCGAGAGCUUUGCCAAGCGAGCCAUCGAGAGCCUCGUCAAGAAGCUGAAGGAGAAGAAAGAUGAGCUGGAUUCGCUCAUCACGGCUAUCACCACCAACGGAGCGCAUCCCAGCAAGUGUGUGACCAUACAGCGGACUUUGGAUGGCCGCCUACAGGUUGCUGGGCGUAAAGGAUUCCCCCAUGUGGUCUAUGCACGACUGUGGCGGUGGCCUGAUCUACACAAGAAUGAAUUAAAACACGUCAAAUAUUGCCAGUAUGCCUUUGACCUCAAAUGUGACAAUGUUUGUGUCAAUCCAUACCACUAUGAGAGGGUGGUCUCACCAGGCAUUGACCUAUCAGGACUGACACUCUCAAGCUCAGGUCCACUCAUGGUGAAAGACGAGUAUGACUACGACAACCAGCAAUCUCAUCCCAGCUCUGAAAGCCACCUGCAGACCAUCCAGCAUCCUCCAUCCAGGCCUGGCCCGCAAGAAACCUUCAUCAGCCCCGCAUUACUCCCUCCACCGGAGGGCAGCAACUCAGCUUCCACCUCUGCCCUCUCGACCAUCAGUGCUGGGCCCUCGAAUUCCAACCCCAACUGGAGCCGAAACAACAGCUUCACGCCUGCGGUGCCUCCACAUCAAAAUGGACAUCUACAGCAUCAUACGCCUAUGCCUCAUACAGGACAUUACUGGCCUGUUAGCAAUGAAAUAGCAUUCCAGCCCCUGAUAUCCAACCACCCAGCUCCGGAAUAUUGGUGCUCCAUUGCGUACUUUGAGAUGGACGUCCAGGUUGGUGAGACAUUUAAGGUGCCGUCCACGUGCCCGAUAGUGACCGUGGACGGCUAUGUGGACCCUUCUGGGGGCGAUCGCUUCUGCCUGGGCCAGCUGAGCAAUGUCCACAGGACGGAGAACAUAGAGCGGGCCAGGCUUCACAUUGGCAAAGGCGUGCAGCUGGAAUGCAAAGGGGAAGGAGACGUGUGGGUACGCUGUUUGAGUGACCAUGCAGUGUUUGUGCAGAGCUAUUACCUGGACAGAGAGGCGGGACGCGCACCUGGGGACGCCGUCCACAAGAUCUAUCCCAGCGCUUACAUCAAGGUGUUUGACCUGCGGCAGUGCCACAGGCAGAUGCAGCAGCAGGCAGCGACAGCUCAAGCGGCUGCGGCGGCUCAGGCAGCAGCGGUGGCUGGGAACAUCCCCGGGCCUGGUUCUGUGGGCGGCAUCGCUCCGGCCAUCAGCCUGUCUGCAGCCGCAGGCAUCGGCGUCGACGACCUGCGCCGGCUGUGCAUCCUGCGCAUGAGCUUCGUCAAGGGCUGGGGGCCCGACUACCCCAGGCAAAGCAUCAAAGAGACGCCCUGCUGGAUUGAGAUCCAUCUACACCGUGCCCUGCAGCUCCUGGACGAGGUUCUGCACACCAUGCCCAUCGCUGACCCCCAGCCUCUCGACUGAGUCUCAAGACGUGAGCUUGAGCAAAAACAAUUUUUUUAAAAAAGGAUGGGAGAGGAGGGCUGCACAGCCACAGGGACAACAAGCUGUGUCAGGCAGUAGGAUUAGAAGCAAAGACACUGUCUAGUCUGGUUAAGCUUACAGAGUGGGACUUGAACGUGCGGCUGCAGUACACUGACAACCAGCAUUUUUAUCAAUCGGGCAAACGGAACUGAAGUUUGACGAAAACACUCAAAAAUAAACGCGUCCACACUAACAUAACAAGUACAUCCACUAUUUAAUCAAUGUCAUAGUGUUACACCUUGCCUAUGCGGACAUGUUAUCUAUUUAAUAUUUAAAAUUUGCAGAUCCCCUGUUUUGAACUUUUUAAGGCAACUACUUGGCUUCAGCUGGAGUCUUCUGCUGGUCCAGUCUUCCUCAUACUCCUCCUCCUUCACUGGCUCUCCAGACUCUCAUGUGGGGCUUCACGUAAGUGGGAGUUUUUCAUCUAUCCUCCUCCUCUUUCGUGUCCUAUCAGGAUGUUACUCAUGUUCUCAUAUGUAUUUUUUUUUUGUUUUGAAAGUUUUUUUUAUAUAUAUACUUUUGAGAGAUGCUGAAAAGCCCUUUUCAGACUUGACAUGUUUUUAAUUGAUGACAGUCCACCCUGCCCUGAUGGUCACGAGUUAUCGUUUAGAUGAGAUCUCCAUAGCACUUUACUCUAUUUAGUCUGUCAUCUCACGCGUAGUUUUGCCAAAUGCUACAGGUAUGUGCAAAAUGCAUCAUGAGCUAACUCGCCACAGUAGAUUAUAACAUCCCAUCGAGGACUGUGAGGAAAUGCAAGCCAUAUUGAUGCCAAAUGCAGUCAUUUCAGUGUGUUCCUUUUUUCCUGCUCAGCACGAUAUGUAAAACAAGAGCGCAGUAUUUUCUCUUUUCGCUACGUGCACGAACCACCACAAAACCUCCAGCUCAACUUUUAUUACAGGUGCACCUUGCAUCCAAAAUACAUAAUGAAUGAAAUAUUAGUGUCAAUAUGUACGAAUAUGAUUUAAUAAAAAUGUAAUUGGCUAAUAUGAUUGGUUUUAGGUGGAGUUUGUACGCAAGAAACUCAAGGCAUUGAACAAGAAAACAUUUAUUACUGCAAAGACAAAGUCACAACUUUUAAGAAAAAAAACAAACACUAAAAAGAAGCUAGCCUGAGCUGAGAUCUGAAAUAUUCAGAAAAAACAAACUACAUGUGUCUUUUUUUUUUUUUUUUUUUAAAGUUUGUAUAGUCAGCAAUACGACACACUAAAUAAAUGUCUUUUAUAAAUAUAAAAGUCCUUGUUUUUAUGCAAAAUACAACAAUACAAAUCACCCGACACACUCGCCAAGUUGAAAAGAUAUGAGGAAAAACGGCACACAGAAAGAAAGACAUGGAAUUUGUGUGUAUAUAUUAUAUCAGAUAGAAGAGGGGAAAAUAACCAAAUCAAAUGGUCAGGACAAAUAAAUAAACCUAAAUUUCAGGAUAUAUACAUUUUUUUUUUGUCUAAAAUAAACAAAAGCCCUCCAAACGUCACUGCCAAAAUGCUUGUGCCUGCAUUUGAGUGUGCUACAGAUGGCCACAACUCACUAAGACAGUCCAAUGGCACUUGAAAACCUCUACAAAAUACCAAAAAAAAAAAAAAAGACAGAUCACAGCAUCCAGAAACAAAACAAAGAAAAAUCACCAUCAUUAUGUGGAAUAAGCAAACGUUUACUUACAAUGACUCUCAUUGAUAGUCCUAUACAAUUUAAAAAGAAACUUUAGGGAUCAUCUACCACACUCGUUAGAAUAAAUAAUAAUCCAGUCUCAGGAUCAAUUCCAUACUGCCGUCCUUGCAACAAAAUGCCUCAGAUGGCGUGUGUGUCUGUAGGUUGCCAUAGACCCAAAAAGUUAUCUGGGUUUUUUUGGGAGGUGGGGGGGUGUUAAAAGGCACUGGAGUCUUGCUGUGGGUCAAGUGAAGCUAUAAGAAACAGGUUUUUUUCUGCUUGUAAAUUUUCUUAGUACAGACAAAUCCAACAAGAAAAAAUACAUUUUUUUGUGAUAACAGAAAAACGUGUUGGCAGCAUUGUCAUCAGUCCUGUGUGAGGCUUUUAAGAUGCAGAAAUAAAAAUCACUGUCUGGCACUAAAAUGUAAAACCAAAAAAUCUAGCAGCACAGACCAGAAAGCACAUCCAUAUAAUUUGAAGAAAGCAAAGCCAUAUUUUCCCCCAUAAUCAGGCACAAAGAAGUUUACCAUCGAUGUGUUGUGGAUUUAUUUAUACAACAAAGGGAGCUGAGAUUUACAUUAAAACAACGCAGAGCCUCAUCACUUUUCUUAAGAAUUCCGUUCAUCUCAACAGCUUUUUGUAGGAGUAAGGCAAAGAUCCAGUGCAGUCCUGUCUGACACAUAUCUUGACCUCCUUCAAGGCCAACAAAUUAUAGCAAGUAAACAAAAAAGGAUUACACCUGUCCUUCUGUACAGUAGCUCUGCACUUUUUGCAGGGUUAUCAUUCCUUAAAACAGUACCACUGGCUGUAUGGCAUGGGCGUGGUGAGCCAAACACAAUAAAUAUAAUAAAUAAUUGCAGAGAAAUGGUGCAGACAAUUUUAAAAAUAAACAAAAACGUUCCUAUUUAGGAGGAUUAAUCUCAGUAAUGUCCACAACAUUAGAAGGCUUUAACAGUUCAAGUAUAGAUGGUACAGUAGUCCACGUGCCUUUUUUUUUUUUCCUCUCCCUUUUUCACAGUCUACUUACAACAGCUACCUUGGCAACAAUCACAUCCAUCAAAAGCAACAAAUAAAUGUACUGUAGAAGUAUUUUAUAUAUAUAUAUAUAUAUAUUCUAUACAUAUAUUUUUAGAUUUCUAUAGAUCUCUUUGAAUAUCAGAAAAUAUCUAACUUUUGGUCCACUGUACAAAGAUGACCAAAGCGGGGGAGGUUAGGGAAGCGAUGUGUUUGACGAGUGUUAAUAAACAGGAAUGAAAAUUGUGUUGAGAAAAAAAGCAAAGUAUGUUUUUCGCUGUGGUGUUGUGCAGUGUAUGUGUGUGCAAUAGGGCUUGGACAGACUGUGCUGUAUGUGUCAAGGGAGGCUGGCACCACUGGCUUGAGGUAGGGUGACUUAUGGAUGUGUACACACAACACACACAUACACACACUAAAAACAGACAGAGCAGAGCAACACAUACACACUUCAUCCAAAACAAAACGCAACAAUAGGCCUCGACAAGGUAGAGUGGGAGCAGGAGUGGGAGUUUGAAUAGGAGAUACCGUACUGCAAAAGACAUGGAGUGGGGGCAGGAGUGAGCCCUGAAGGGAGGAAAGUGUGGGAGCAGAAACAAGAGUGGGGUCAGGAGUAUGAGCAGGAGUAGGGUCAGAAAAGUAGCAGAUUCAUUCCUGCAAGAGACAGAGCAGUGAGAUGAGAACAGGAGUGACGGCCAAAGGGAGAAAGAGCGGGAGCAGGAACAGUAGUGCAGAGGGCAGGGGUAAGAAGUGAGAUAGCAACAUGAGUAGGGGGAGGAGAUACAGUCCUGGAGUGGGCACAGGAGCAGGAACACGAGUGGGGUCAGUCGUAUGAGUGGAAGGGACACAGGAGCAGGGGUGGCAUGGGGAAAGAGAUACAAAGCAGUGGGAGCAGGAGUGAGGAAGAGGAGUUUGGUGGGAAAGAGAUACAGUACUGCAAGAAAGAGCUGAAGAUAAUGGCUGACAGAACAGGAGUGGGAGUUUGCUCAGUGUGGUGAAAGUAGUUGGUGCCAAUAUAGAAACAAGAAGCAGUGUGAGGUCAGAAGCAGGGAAACCACAGGUAGUAGGGAGAAAGCAGGAACACAAGGAAGGGUGGGAAAAGAGCUAUGAUACUGCAAGAGAGACCAGGAGAAAAUGUAUUGAGAGCAGAAAGCAGCAGGAACAGGAGUAUGGAUCGAAAAAGGAGGUGCAUCAGAAAGGAGUGGGAACAGGAGGGAUGAGGCAAACCAUCAUGAGUCAAAGAUGUAAGAAGCUUAGCGGCGCUGAUCCCGACGAAAGCAAGAGGUGCGUCUGUGACUGCAUCCCUUGGUCGAAACACUGAUGAGCCAGCCCAAAUCCAACGAACCAGAGAACCUAUUCUGUAUUUGGGAUGCUGCAAAAACCAAAACAAAUCAAGUAACCAAACGAAAAGAAAAGAUGGGGUGACAGUGACUCGCAGGACACUGAGAACAGCAGUAUUUAAGAAUAAGGCACUGUGAUAAAGCGGAGGUACAUUAAAUCCCUGACAUUCCUUCUGCUCUGAGACAUGGCACAACAGCUAUUGGCUCAUUCUCAGCCGCCUCUCGUUGGGUGGUUGUUUUUUUUGGUCCUUUGCAAAUGUAAUAAAUUUGAUUGAGACAGAAAACUGCAAAAAACGGGAACAUGUCCAACACGCUGAUUUCUUCGUGAUUACGUGGACAAAGGCAAAAGUUAUGUAUUGAGUGCAUAAUAGUCUACUGGCGAGGAUGUGGGUUCGUACAGCUGAUAUCUUCCUCCUAUCGACAAGAGUAGCAGCGCACAUAUUCUUUAAGGGGUCCGUUUUACUGGAGGCUAAAAGCGUUACGCAGCUUGUGAUACAAAGGCUACCACCCCAUCAUGGUUGGUCAAAAGCCGUACAUAACAGCUACAUACAAUCGUCCAAAAUAGUUCUUGUUCAGCAACCAAUUCAACACAAUGAUAGCACCAUGAGUUUUUGGGUUAUACUAAUCAAAAAGUACAGUACAGCUAUGUACAAUGGGCUAUUUGAGCUCAGAGACAUCAGUAGUUUGAAGGAUUUUCAUGAGAGCUUAACCCUGUGUUUAUAGACAAGCAGAGGCAUUUCAUACAGUGUCUUCUUCCUCCAUCAGUUGCUGCUAAAAACAAAGACUUAUGACAAGAGGCAGCAUCCUGGCCACAGUAUCAAUAUCCCAAGCACUCAUCCGCAUGGACCGGGCUGGACUGUGUCGACCCGAGUGCAGACAGAGACAAAAGAGAUGUAAACAUGGAGGCUGACAGAUAUGUGGGGAAGCGAGACAAGGUCAGACACGUCCUCUCACACCAUCAAACCGAGGUGUAGGUGUUGCCUGUGGCGCUGCAGUGGCGGAUGGUCGGGGUACCGGCCGAGGGUGUUAGGAUGUGCUCGCUGUGGUCUUGUGGGGGCUGCGGCAGCGAGUGGAGGACGCCCGGCUGGACCACGCCCACCACGGGGUGGGAUCCGUCCUCGAGACCGCCCACCUGAAUGACCUGGAUCACCUCGUGUUCAGACUUCUCACGUUUGGCCAGAGGUUCCCCGGACUCUUCCGGCUCGUCGUCCAAAUCGCUAUCCAUUCCGCUCGUUUCAUCUGCGGGCGGGCAAAAACACUUUAAAAAUAGAACAGUGCUCGGUAGCGUGCCCAUGUCCUCGUUCUGGAGGAUGACCUAAAAUGUUAGCUGGACAGUGCCAUUUGAAGUCUUGGGUGGAAUGAAAUGUCCUACAUCAUAGCAAACCAACCACAGGCUUCCCACUUCCUUGAAUUUAUUUUCCAGGACAUUUUUAGCCGCUACAAAAACAAGUUGUAUGGAUCAAUACAAACAACACCUGCAACUUAAUUAUUAGUUUUGUUUCGAAGGGCUCAGUCCUUAUGAGGGUCUGAAAAGUUGCUAAAUCUAACAACAGUCAAUUGAAAGCACUGGGUUGCAGAACUGCUCGAGCAGGGCAAAAUGCAAAUGCAAUUUUGAUUGGCUGGUGGUGUCACAUGGUGCGCUGUGCCUUCAUGUUGCCCAAAAGGUAAGGUGACAACAGACAUGAAUGUGCUCAACGUUCAACCUGUUUGCAUUCAAAGGCAGGGGGAGGGUAAAUCAUUUUCCAGGAUAACUUCACCAUUUCCAGGACACUUGACCUUUUCCCCCCUCAUUUUCCAUGACCGUAAAAUGGGUCCAACAGCUCCUAUCUCCAUUCCUGCUCCUGUUACCACUCCUGUUCCCCCCUUAUGCCUUCUCCUGCUUUUGCCCCUACUGCUCUUGUGGUAUUCAUUUUCCUUUUCCCAUCUAACUCCUGCUGCUUCUACUCCUCUGUUGCUCUUCCCUCUCACUUCUUCCCUUUGGCCCUCACUCCUCCUCCCACUUCUCUGUAUCGCCCACCCAACUCCCGCUCCUGUUUCUUCUUUUACUCCUGCUCCCAUUCCUUGUGACUCUAGCUAGAUUGGACUAAAGAGCUUUCCACAAGGAAGCAGGAAGCACGUACCUUUAUCGAUGUUUGAGAGCGACAGGUUGUUGAGGCUGUCAAACUGGAAGUGGAAAGCAAAACCGUUUUCAGGGUUCUCCAAUGGAAUCAUCCUAAAUCCAAAUACUUAGGAGUGUAGCUGCCAUACCUCGCCCAUGACACCAAUGGGCGUCUCUCCAGUAGCUUGGGCCACGCGGUGCUCCACCAGAUAGAACAUGUACUCAUCGUAGAGCAGGCGGAUCAGGUGAAAAGAACCGAAGCUGGCAGCACUGCGCAGGGUCAGGUCCCGGAUCACCAUAGAGCUGACCAGAACAGGACAAACCAAGAGUGAGCACCUAUUCUUUAGCCGUACAGUGCAUUGAUGUGGUUUUCAUGCUGCCCACCUGUAAAAGGACCACUUCAGUAGGAACUGCCGGGCUGCCUUAGGGAAGCUGGGCCGCUGCUCGUAGGGCUUUAGCACUUGAGUGACCACAUUAUCCAGCCAGGCCGCCCACUGCUCCAGAGAGCUUUGCUGCUGUAGUGUGGCCUUGAAGUCCUGCUCCAAGUGCUGAACCAUGCCCUCCUCGCACUGGCACACCCACGACGCCUGCUCCUGUUUGGCAUAGAAAAUUAGCAAUGAGUUCCCGCGGUUCGGAAGAGAGAAGAAACGCUAAUUUGCAUUGCCGUGACACAAACCUGUACGUUGGCAAAGUCGACGCGAUUUAGAUCGCUCAGCAUCUGGUUGAUCUGUGACGUGUUCUGCAACACGGCACGGGCCGCCUGAGCGAGAUGGUUCAGAGACGUGUAUCUGCGUAGUGUUUGCGCAAAGGCACUAACAGCUGCAACCUAAGCAAAGGAGAGGCCCAGGUCAGACUAGUUGUACUGAAAUGUUUCUUAUGCAUUACAAAAAGUGCUAAACCAAUCGGGAUAGUGAGUAGACAAAUGUUUUUAAUCAUUGUGAACACACUGAUAUUUGGAUGGUACACAUUACUGACACCUACAGGACUGGGGUGGAACAUUACCAUCCUAGUAAUUUUCCUGCUUCAUUUCUCACUAAAUUUUACAAGAAAUAACAGGACUUCUUGGGCACCUUGAUCUGGAUCAUCCUCUGUGGGAUCACGUUCAUGGCAUUAUUAAGCCAACUUUCCAGGCUUUUGGCAAAAUUGCGAAUGGCUUGAGUCAAGGCACCUGGUAAGCGAAAGAUGGAUGUAAUAAUUCAUGAUGACGUUGACGAGAAAGAGGGUAAGGAGUGUUGGGUUCAGUGACUCACUGGGAAUGGGUCUCAGGACAUCAGGGAUGAGGAUCUCCACAAGGGCCUGGUACAUCAGAUGGUCGCAGGUGCUCAUCCACUUGAGCACCGCCUCGUUUCGGCAUAGCGCCAGCAGCUGCGACUGCGGGAGCCGGGCUUCGAUUUCACUUAUACUGCUGCACAAUGAGUUCAAACACAAACUUCAUAACCCCACCACAAAGCUCGCAUUACACCGGCCACUUCUUCAUACCUGUUUUCUGUUACAGUGGCGCCCUGUACAGAGUCGGGCGGAGUGUAACGCCAGAAUGUUUGCCAUAGUUUCUCGAUGAGACUAAACUGGAGGUUGAUGACCACAUCCAGGAUGGCCUGACGCAAAACCAAGUGAACAGACAAAAACA